CAUAAACAUCAUAAACAAACGUAAGCUCAUUUCGCAACAAUCACACAUAUACGUCAACUACACACUUCGCAUCAACUACACAAAACCAUUCAACAUGCUUUCCGCUGAGGAAUCAAGCAUAGGUAUCGCCGGUAGCGAUGUUAAUUUUGUCGAGCGACCGACUGCUUCUAAGCCAUUCUACAGAAAGCGGGUGUUCACCAUCGGUAUGUGUGUGCUUGCCGUAGCUGCCAUAUGCUGCGCCAUAGCCAUCCCGUUGUCACUAAAUAACAGCGAUGGAGACCCGUCAAUAGCUGAGGCGUCUAGCUCCGAAGCGGACGGUACUGUACCACCCGAUGCCGUUAUACUUGACUCGAACUCAGACCCGGCCGAAGCUGUUGAAGCUGCGAGUAGUAGUUCUAGUGCCAGUAGUGAUAGUGUCAGCACUGUCGUGGUCAGUAGUAGUGAGGCUGUGCCGGUGACUGAGGCACCCAGUGCCGAUGCUACGGUCGUUGCGAGUAGUAGUUCUAGUGUCAGUAGUGAUAGCGUCAGCCCUGUAAUGGUCAGUAGCAGUGAGGCCGUGCCGGUGACUGAGGCACCCAGUGCCGAUGCUACGGUCGUUGCGAGUACUCCGGUCGCCAUAGAAACUGAACAGGUCAACGCAUCGUCCACCGCCGCCAGCUCGCUGGGACUUCGGACACUCAUCUUGGCCUCGAGCGACUUUGGAGCCACGGUGUCACGUAACAUACUGAGUGCAUAUGGGUCCCCUCACGACGUAUACAUUGGGUCUAUGCCAAACUUAACCGAAACACCAAACAAGUGGCAUAGCAUCGUCAUAGCCGAUAGUGGUGUGGGUACAGAGAUCGAUGCUGCGCGCGCGUAUGCAAAGCUCAAUGGGGCGCGUAUUGCGGUACUAGAUUCCAUCCCAAGUCCUGAUGAUCCGGUGUGGUAUGGUGUGCAGGAUUCCGCACAGCCUGCCAUGAUCCCGAAUGUCACCUUUGAUACGACAGUGGAGAGCAAGAUCCUUGCUGGUAUCACUCCCUGCGAUGCCAACUGGAAUCUCACUGCGGUCAGUCCAUUGGCCGUGACAGUGGUUGAUUCCACUAUGGCUACCGGUCUCCUGAAGUAUCAAAACGGGACAUCGCUUGACGGCAACAAGACAUACGCCGCUUUCGUAUCGAACACAAUGUUCGGCACCCAGGAACUGCAUCUCCGCUUCAGAAACUACUACGCCGAGAUACUGCCGUCAUUCAGUCCUCAGUCAAACUUUGAAGAUGACCAUUCUAUCGUCAACAUCGCCGUGGGCCAUGUGUGGUACGAAUGGGUCACCAGGGGGGUAUUUUUGGGGGCCAGGCGCAUGUCCCUUAACAUCCACGUGGAUGAUUGGUACGCGAAGAGUGCUAUGCUAGACACCGGGGAAGCGUAUCGCAUCAACCACACCGACAUCGAGAACUACGUGAAAUGGAGGCACGAGUUUGUGAACACUCUACCGCGUGGAUCAUCCUUCUAUCUCGAACCGGCUUACAACGGCGCUGCGGUGGCUAUGUACAACUACAACGACGUGGGCAAUGACAUCAACAACUCAACGUACAUUAACGCGCACGAGUUCUACUGGAUGCAACACACCUGGACUCACGCCAACAUGGACUGGUUAGGCGAUUCACAAUGCGCCGAGGGCCACAAAAUGUGCAAUCCCAACGCCACGCAUUAUGAUGCGGAACUGGGCUACAACCAGAAGCUGGCACGAGGGGAGGGCAUCAACUCUUCGGAUUACAUGUACCUGUACUACGGCAUGCCUAGUACACCCGCUGGCGAGUUUCUGAACAACCGACCGGAAUUGAUGGAGAACAACUACUCGCCUCACACCCUCAUCACUCCUGAGAUCUCCGGACUGUGGCCCGCCAGUUACGAUUACAACACUAUACGUGAUCCGACGCGGAAGCCGUAUCUAAAGAAUGUCGAAUUUUUUAAUGCGCUAGUGCGAUGGAAUAUCACCAAUGUCGUCGGCGACAACUCAAGGCCUGAGCUCAACAACCCAAACGUCUACCACGCAAUCAUCUCCACAGAAGCCGAGUAUGGAGUGGACGGUGUCAUUAUAGUGCCCCGAUGGAGCCCCAACGUCGCAUACAAUUGCAACACCACGUCGUGUCUCGAGGGAUACUACAAUGCAGGUGCGUGUUACCAGAUUCUGUACGGCAGACCCUCCGAGUGUGCCGAUGGGAACGUCACUGCCGAGUACAUGCUCGUCCGUGAGGGCAAGGCAGCUACACUCCCGCUCAUCCAGCUGCGAUGGGAUCCCUACAUGUUUCACCAGGCUAACGUAGCUGGUAUGGAGUACAGAGGAGCAUGGGUACCCAUAGUCGGUGUCUUUACGCAGAAUGCUGUGGAGGAUACCAUGCGCUUUGUCUCGGGACUACCGUUCGUUUCGUACAAGUUCGACGAUCUCUCGCGAAUGUACCGUGUCCGAGCAAUCCGCGAGAGUUGCGAUCUGGAGGGCACUAUCGAAUUCGAUGAGAGCGGCACUCCCUUUAACAUCAAAGUACACGGCAACGACACGUGCGAGCGCGUUGUAACCAUCACCCAGACAUCCAACUUGCACUUUGAUGAGUCUGAAAUCAUAACAUUAUACGGUCCUGAUGAGAACGUAAACAAGAAUGGCACUGCUACGACCGACUCAAUGUUUAAAGUCAACGGAUUCUGGACUCACACCGCACACCCGAACACCACACUGUCACCAAUUUGUGACACCUGGAAUGCCAGUAAAGUUCCAAAUAUGGCCGAAAUAGUAUACGCGUAGUGCGAGGGCGGACGGUGAAGAUAUAGGGUUUAGUAAUUUAGUUGAUAUGAUGUAGAAUAAAUUGUAAUUUAGCUUUUCAUCUUGGCAACUGCUGUUAUUUUUGAGCCUAUCA